UCCCCGCCGCGCGGAGUUGGUGGGGGGAAGUCUCGCGAGCGCGGGCUCGCGGUGCGGCUUGCGCGCUGCUUGGCGGCUCCCGCCGGGCCGGGCCUCGCUCCAUCCACCGGCCUCGCUCCGGGAACCGGGAACCGCAGGCCGCCGCCUCUUCCUCCUCCUCUGUCGGGAUCUCGGUUGCCGCCUGCGCCUGCCUGCAGCGUGCAGCCCACCGGACGCCAGACCGAACCUCGGCGGAGCGCCGUUUCCUCACGGCGGGGAUCAUGUCCGCCGGGCAGCCGCCGCUGCCGCCGCAGCCGGACGAGCCGCCUGCGCCGCCGCUGCCACCGGGCGCCAACACCGGCGAAGCCGCGGGGACGGGCCCGCCCUGUGUCGUCGGCCUGGCUGGGGGAGACAUCAAGAUGGAGGAGUCUUUUGAUGAUGCAUCUUUGGCAAAGCAAAAAGAAAUCCAGGAAACCGAUCCUACAUAUGAAGAGAAAAUGCAAACAGACAGAGCAAACAGAUUUGAGUAUCUGUUGAAGCAGACUGAGCUCUUUGCUCAUUUCAUUCAGCCUGCUGCUCAGAAAACUCCAACUUCACCUUUAAAAAUGAAACCUGGACGUCCACGAAUAAAGAAGGACGAGAAACAGAAUUUACUGUCAGCUGGCGACUAUCGGCACCGUAGAACAGAGCAGGAAGAGGACGAGGAGCUGUUAACAGAAAGCUCCAAGACAACAAAUGUCUGCACUCGAUUUGAAGAAUCUCCAUCAUAUGUGAAAUGGGGAAAGCUGCGUGAUUACCAGAUCCGAGGACUGAACUGGCUCAUUUCUCUGUAUGAAAAUGGCAUCAAUGGCAUCCUGGCAGAUGAAAUGGGUCUUGGGAAGACACUGCAAACAAUUUCUCUUCUUGGCUAUAUGAAACACUACAGAAACAUUCCUGGACCUCACAUGGUGUUAGUUCCUAAGUCCACUCUGCAGAAUUGGAUGAAUGAAUUCAAGAGAUGGGUACCAACACUUCGAGCAGUUUGUUUGAUUGGUGACAAAGACCAGCGAGCUGCUUUUGUGAGAGAUGUGUUGCUGCCUGGAGAAUGGGAUGUCUGUGUAACAUCAUAUGAAAUGCUUAUCAAAGAGAAGUCAGUAUUCAAAAAGUUCAACUGGAGAUACCUUGUUAUAGAUGAGGCCCACAGGAUUAAAAAUGAAAAAUCAAAGUUAUCAGAAAUUGUAAGGGAAUUCAAGACAACCAACCGGCUCCUAUUAACUGGAACUCCACUUCAGAACAAUUUACAUGAACUCUGGGCACUUCUCAACUUCCUUUUGCCAGAUGUCUUUAACUCAGCUGAAGAUUUUGAUUCGUGGUUUGAUACCAACAACUGUCUAGGGGAUCAGAAACUGGUGGAGCGCCUUCAUAUGGUGCUACGACCAUUCCUUCUCCGUCGCAUCAAGGCUGAUGUGGAGAAAAGCUUGCCUCCAAAGAAGGAAGUUAAAAUUUAUGUGGGCCUCAGCAAAAUGCAGCGAGAAUGGUAUACCCGAAUCCUGAUGAAGGAUAUAGAUAUCCUGAACUCAGCUGGGAAGCUGGACAAGAUGAGACUGCUGAACAUCCUGAUGCAGCUGCGGAAAUGCUGCAAUCACCCUUACCUCUUUGAUGGAGCAGAACCUGGCCCACCUUACACAACAGACAUGCAUUUGGUCACUAACAGUGGCAAAAUGGUAGUUCUGGACAAAUUGCUACCUAAGUUAAAAGAACAAGGCUCAAGGGUUCUAAUCUUCAGUCAGAUGACAAGAGUCCUAGAUAUUUUGGAAGAUUACUGUAUGUGGAGGAAUUACGAAUAUUGCAGACUGGAUGGACAAACUCCUCACAAUGAGCGACAGGCUUCCAUUAAUGCAUUCAACGAUCCUGACAGCUCAAAAUUUGUGUUCAUGUUGAGUACACGAGCAGGAGGUCUUGGAAUCAAUCUGGCUACUGCUGAUGUUGUAAUUCUCUAUGAUUCAGACUGGAAUCCACAAGUAGACCUCCAGGCUAUGGAUCGAGCACACAGAAUUGGCCAGACCAAGACUGUCCGGGUGUUCAGGUUUAUUACAGACAAUACCGUGGAGGAAAGGAUAGUGGAGCGUGCGGAAAUGAAACUCCGCCUGGAUUCCAUAGUUAUCCAGCAAGGCAAAUUGGUGGAUCAAAACCUGAAUAAACUUGGAAAGGAUGAAAUGCUGCAAAUGAUCAGACAUGGAGCGACACACGUGUUUGCCUCAAAGGAUAGUGAGAUUACAGAUGAAGAUAUUGAUCACAUUUUGGAAAGAGGGGCAAAGAAGACUGCGGAAAUGAACGAAAAACUUUCAAAGAUGGGUGAAAGCUCCCUUAGGAAUUUUACUAUGGAUACUGAAUCUAGCGUGUAUAAUUUUGAAGGGGAAGACUACAGAGAAAAACAGAAGUUGGCAUUUACAGAGUGGAUUGAACCACCUAAAAGAGAAAGAAAAGCUAAUUAUGCUGUGGAUGCUUACUUCAGAGAGGCUCUUCGAGUCAGCGAACCAAAAGCACCCAAGGCUCCACGGCCUCCAAAACAGCCAAAUGUACAGGACUUCCAGUUCUUUCCUCCUCGCCUGUUUGAACUAUUGGAAAAAGAGAUUCUCUACUACAGGAAAACAAUUGGUUACAAGGUACCUCGUAAUCCUGAUCUCCCAAAUGCAGCCCAAGCACAAAAGGAAGAGCAGCUUAAGAUUGAUGAGGCUGAACCUCUUAAUGAUGAAGAACUAGAAGAAAAAGAGAAACUUCUAACCCAGGGUUUCACUAACUGGAAUAAGAGAGAUUUCAACCAGUUCAUCAAAGCCAAUGAGAAGUGGGGCCGUGAUGACAUUGAAAAUAUAGCACGAGAAGUCGAAGGAAAAACCCCAGAGGAAGUCAUUGAGUAUUCAGCUGUGUUCUGGGAAAGAUGCAAUGAACUCCAAGACAUAGAGAAGAUCAUGGCUCAGAUUGAAAGAGGAGAAGCCAGAAUUCAGAGACGAAUCAGCAUAAAAAAGGCUCUCGAUACAAAGAUUGGGAGAUAUAAAGCCCCUUUCCACCAACUAAGAAUAUCCUAUGGUACUAAUAAAGGGAAGAAUUACACCGAAGAGGAGGAUCGCUUCCUAAUCUGUAUGCUUCACAAACUAGGAUUUGAUAAAGAAAAUGUCUAUGAUGAAUUAAGACAAUGUAUCCGAAACUCGCCGCAAUUCAGAUUUGACUGGUUUCUCAAGUCCAGAACUGCAAUGGAGCUGCAAAGGAGGUGUAAUACUUUAAUCACACUCAUUGAAAGAGAAAACAUGGAACUGGAAGAAAAGGAAAAGGCAGAAAAGAAGAAACGUGGACCAAAACCAUCUUCAGCACAGAAGCGCAAAAUGGAUGGCACUCCUGAUGGGCGUGGGAGAAAAAAGAAGCUAAAGCUGUGAAUGCAGAAUUUUUUUAAUCUCUAAAUUUAAGAAGUAGUUCUUUAAUUUACGGGUCUUCAUAAAGAUGUACUGUAUAAUGCUUAACUGUUUUAAAGAACAUUGGGUUCAUCUGUUUAUUGAACUAGAACAUAGUACUUAAUUGUAGUUUCACUUUUUUAAAUGCAACAGCUGUGCUGAAUUUUUUUUACCAUUAACACUUGAAGUAAUAAAUUGUCUUCAUUUAUUAA